AUGACCCGAGAACGGUCCAAAUCUCGGUCUGAGUCCCAGGGCCCGGGGCUGGCCUCGCUGGUGGCCCGGUUGACCACACGGCGGAAAAGUAUCUCCCGGAGCGAUGACGAGCGUCCCGAGAUUCACCAUGGCCGGCCGGAACCUACAGGAGGGGCGCCCAUCCAGAUUCAGGUUCACCACAAGCCGUCGUCGAGAUCUCGCUCUGGAUCUCAAUCUCAGUCUCAACCCCAGCCUCGGCCACAAUCUCACCCACACUCACACUCACGAUCCCAGUCCAACUCUCAGUCCAACUCUCAGUCUCACUCACCUUCUCACCCUCGCUCACACACUCACGCCCACACCCACUCGAGACCCGACCGAUCACCCCUCCGCGUCCUCCUCCGCCCACUCGACGUACGCUACAACCAGUUCGCCCUGUCAAUACCCCGGCACAGCGCCGACGUGGCCUCGGUAGAGCGGCACGCCCGCAAGUGCUACCGCGAGGCGCGGUUAUCCUUGUCGUCGUCGACGGUGUUUCAGUUUUACGAUGGCCACGGGCGGGAGUUGAAGGAUGGGGAUCUCAUUGGGGGGGACAAAAAGGAGAUCAAAAUCUGGUAUCGCCUUUGGAAACAAACACCCUCCUCCUCUUCGCCAUCCUCCCCACCAUCUUGGAAAUUCUCCCGGCCGUCCUCUCGAAGCCACCACCACCCCCAUAAUCACACACACGACGCAACCAACGAACACUCCCUCGACGAAGCCCUCACCACGACUCUCCUACACGCCCUCGCGCUCCCCGACACAACCCUCUCCACCCUCCGUGCCCUUAUUGCCACCCACCUGAACCUCGCCGACCCUCGGCGUGUCUUGCUCAUCCCGCGCGACGGCAUGCGUCGCGGCCGGCCGUUGUAUGGGAGUCACUGGUCCUUGGCAGGGGUAAGGUCAGGGUGGUUGUGUCGGUGGUUGUCUGUUGAUGUCCUGCCGCGGAGGGAAGGGAAAGUGAAAACGAGUGGUGGUGGUAGUGGGGGAUAUGUGGUGGUUAAGGGGGCAGAGGGGAGUGGGUUGGAGGGAAGGGAGUGGGUGUAUUAUCCGCGGAAGGGAGAUACACGGGAGAAAGUCGGGGUGGAGAGGUUGGUGCGGCUUCUGAGGGGGAGGGUUUUAAAGGGGGCAAGGAGGGGCGGGGAGGAAGAUGAUGACAACGAGAGUGUUAGUGACAGUCAUGGUCAAGGAUGGGAAGACUACGGCACCAGCGAUAUCCGCCUCACCCUCCGCGGCAAACCAAUAACGCACCCCCAGACCACGCCUCUCGAAUGGGGCGCCACUUACGAUUUCUCCCUCGCGUCCGCGGCCCUAACCGACCAGUUCAUCCGUGCCGAGGCCUGGCUGCUGGCCCCGGCCGCUGCGCAGUGCAGCGUGUGCAUCGAGGACUGCACGCUAGCCGAUAUGCCGGGCCGCGUGACGGCGCGAUGCGGGCACCUGUCGACGGUGUGUAGGGGGUGCUUGCGGACGUGGUUGCGAGAGGGGAUUCUAGGCGGGAGGUGGGAUCGGCUAGGGUGUCCGGACUGUGGGGAGAUGUUGGAUUGGGGGGAUAUAGAAGACGACAACGACGACGACACAUUCACCCGAUACGACACCCUCAUCACCCACGCCUUGCUUUCCCGCGACGACACCUUCCACUUCUGCCUGUCCUCUGGGUGCAACUCGGGCCAACUACACGAGGCCGCCUGCUCCCAGUUCCGCUGCGUCGAGUGCCGCGCGAACUGGUGUUUACAGCAUCGCGUCCCUUGGCAUACCGGCGAAACCUGCGACCAGUACGACACCCGCACCCGCGAUGAGGCCCGCCGUGCGGCCGACCGGGCCUCGCAGCGAGCGGUCCAGAAACUGAGUCGGCCGUGUCCGAGUUGCAGGCGGGAUGUGCACAAGUUUGAGGGGUGUGAUCAUAUUACUUGCCUCUGCGGCCAUGAGUGGUGUUACCUCUGCGCGGCCCCCUAUCGCUUCUUCAACGGUGGCUUCCUGACCUGCCACCACGCCCCCGACUGC